AUGACAAUAUCGGACGUACCUUACACACAGAAUUAUUUAACUGAGGACGGAAGUCUUCAAAUAGCAUUUAAACUGCCUAACGCUUUUACGCGAUGGAGGUCGUUAAAUAAAGAUUACUUCUGUUUGGAUUACGAAGCACUUAGUACAAACAUGACAGUUAUUAAACCAAUAUUUAGAGUUGCUUUCAACAACAGGCAAGCUCAGAAUAAAAAGGGGUUUUAUUUUAAAGCUGGUGCUCUGCUGAUUUCUUGCAGUUUCUUGAUGGCUGUACUCGUAGUAUAUUGUAUAUUACCAGAAUUGAGGACUAUAGGCGGAAAAGUAUUAAUGGCUUGUGUCGCUAGCCUCUUUAGUGCCUAUAUGUUACUAGCCACUAUGAUGUUAAUGACGUUGAACAAUGAAAACAUCACUAUUGUAAAUUGCAUUUCAUUAACAUCCGCCAUAUAUUUCUUUUUUAUGGCCAGUUUCUUUUGGAUGAAUGUGAUGUCUUGGGACAUAUGGUGGUCAUUUCGGGGCUUUGCAAAAAUUCGACCAAUCAAUCGUCGUGGAGAUUCUUUCAAAUACUUCAUAUACAGCAUAUAUGCGUGGGGAUUACCGUUUGGAAUGUUGGUAAUGUUUGUUAUUCUCAAUCAGAUUCAAGUGCCUGGGAUUAUAAGCCCCAGUGUACCGAAAUUUGGAUGCUUUAUCGAUGGCCCAGAAAAAAUGUUGUACUUUUAUGUGCCUAUGUUAGUCCUUCUUAUAUGUAACUGGGUUUUAUUUCUAAUGACUGCGUUUAAUAUUUGGCGCAUAAAUAAGUCCACUACAAUGCUUAACUCGGCAGCUGCAGGCACACCAGCUGCUCAUCGCGCCCAACGACAAAGAUUCUUAGUUUAUAUAAAGCUGUCAGUGGUGAUGGGAAUAAGUUUUGUGCUGGAGGUUACAAGCACUCAAGCACCGCAACUGGCGAUAUGGUAUAUAACUGAUAUGUACAAUAUGCUGAUAGGAGUUACAAUUUUCUUUAUAUUUGUUUGCAAGAAGAAAAUUUUUAGAAUGCUAUCUGAAAAAUUACAAAAGAAUCGCGAAAGUAAACAACAACACAACGCGAGUGAGACCAAUGUGACGUAUAUCGAUGAGCAGCCGUAUAUCGAUGAGCAUAAAGAACACUUUUUGCUUCAAAAUAAUACUCAUAAUGCUUAG